UGCGGGCGGGGCCUGGCGCAUGCGUGAUGCGCGGGGCGGGGCCUGCCUGGGGUCGCUGCCGCCGCCGGUGACGGCUGCGCCUCCUCCCCUCCUUCCUUCAUCAUGGACGAACAGAGGGAGACUCUGCAAAGGAUUGUCUCUACUCUUGCAAACAAAAAUGAUGAAAUCCACAACUUCAUUGAUAUGCUGAACCACACAAUAGAAAAUGUACAGGUCAAUUCUUCUAAUGCAAUCAGUGAGUUGGAUGAAGAAUUUGAUGGUCUGUAUUCUAUAUUGGACGAGAUGAAGGGGAAUAUGGCCAGCACUAUUCAGCAAGAAGAGGCUCGUAAAAUCCAAGCCCUGCAGGAUCAACUUAACCAGUGUAGUAAUGCCCUAGAGAGUUCUGAGGAGCUGCUGGAACUUGCUGCACAGUCGCUGGACAUAAAAGACCCUGUGGCAUUCUUAAAGGCUGCCAGACAGAUCAAAGAUAGAGUCACUAUGGCUUCAGCAUUCUGCAUCUCUCUGAAACCAAAAGUCAGCGAUAGUAUGACUCAUUUGAUGGUGGACUUCGCUCUGGAAAGACGCAUGCUCCAGGCUGUAAAGUUUUUGCCAGUCCCUAAAGCUCCAGAGAUAGAUAUAGCAGCAUGUCUGGUUGCUGAUAACUGUGUAACAGUAUCAUGGAGAAUGUCUGAAGAAGACAGCAGGAUUGAUCAUUUUGUACUGGAGUAUAGGAAAACCAACUUUGAUGGGCUUCCUCGAUUAAAAGAUGAACAGCCAUGGGAAGUGAUAGACUAUAUUAAAGCUACUGAAUAUACGUUAUCAGGUCUGAAAUUUGAUACAAAGUACAUGAACGUAAGAGUACAAGCUUGCAACAAAGCCAUAGCAGGGGAAUACUCUGAUCCUGUGACUCUGGAAACCAAAGCAUUUGUGUUCAGUUUGGACGGUACUUCAUCUCAUAUGAACUUGAAAGUUGAAGAUACGUAUGUUGAAUGGGAUCCUACAGGAGGCAAAGGCCAAGAAAAAAUAAAAGGGAAGGAAAAUAAAAGCAGUGUGCAUUUCUGGAAUUCCAUCCAAAUCUUGAAUGAUUCAUUUCUUCCUAGAAGUGGUGCACCGUCUCCAAAGAGGACCCCUAUUAGCACAAGAUCCCCAGCAAGGAGGAGCAGAGAUCAUUUUACUGGUGAAUCAUAUACAGUGUUGGGAGACACUGCUAUUGAAAGUGGACAGCAUUACUGGGAGGUGAGAGCCCAGAAGGACUGCAAAUCCUACUGCGUGGGAGUAACAUAUAGAAACCUGGGGAAAUUUGACCAGUUGGGAAAGACUAGUUCAAGCUGGUGCAUCCAUGUCAACAACUGGCUGCAAACUACGUUUUCAGCAAAACAUAAUAAUAAAACCAAGACUCUAGAUAUACCUGUUCCGGACAGAAUAGGAAUAUACUGUGACUUUAAUGGAGGUCAGCUUGCAUUUUAUAAUGCAAACUCAAAGGAGCUGUUACACACCUUCAGAACAAAGUUUACCCAGCCCUUAUUACCAGGCUUCAUGAUCUGGUGUGGUGGUCUUACAGUGAGUACUGGAUUGCAGGUGCCAAGUGCUAUGAAAACACUUCAGAAAAGUGAAAAUGGAUUGAGUGGUUCAACAAGCAGCCUGAACGAUAUUGCUUAGUAUUGUCUGUCAAAGACUUCUGUUGCUCAAUGGUGUUUUUCCUGUGUAGCUGCUACUCACAGAAGCUUGUGAGCAGUGGAUUAAAGCGAGUUUGCUACCUACUGCUGAUUUAAGACCUGGAUGCUGAUAGUGCAAAGAUUUGUGGCUGAAGUGUUAGGAACCUACUGUGAAUCCAGACAGAAAUGUCAGACAGAAAACUGAACUGUUGCCUAUUUGAAAAAUAAGUGGGGAAAUCAAGAGCUGUAACUAUGUACUUUUCUAAUACUGUAUUUAAGCAUUUUGUUACGGACUUGGAUAUUAAUUUUGUUAUGAAUAUUAUUUUCCUAGGAAGAAUAUAACAGAAUUCUUAGCUCUCCUGACAUGAAUUACUUGAUUAUAUGUUUUAUUGUUACUGAGCUUCCCAUUGGAACUUGUGAUGUCAAAACACGCAUUUCAAAAGAAUAUUGGUUUGCUAGCCUAGCCUGGAAAAGUAGCAUAGCUGUAUGAUUUCAAAAUAAUAUUAUAAUAUGUUGUACGUCUGAUAUGAAGAAACAGUAAGAGCAGUUUGUUUCCCCUCCCAAAUACAAAAUCAUCCUAUUUUCCAGCUCAUUUAAAUAUCAUAUAUUUAGAAUUCAGCUUCUGUUUAUCACAAGUUACAGAAAAUGUAAAAAUGUAGAGGUAUUUA